GUCUCUUUCCAAAGCUCAUCUAAGCUACAUCCGUGUGCCUUCACCGAGCGCGCGCGUCUUGCAAACCUUACCGUGGCAGCGCACAUUUCUUAAGGCUCAUCGUGCAGUUGCUUUAUUGUCUUUUGGUUCUUUCGUGUGUUUCGUUGCUUACUUUCGUGUACUUGCUUUUUUUUCUUUGGGAUUUCCUUUCAAUUCAAAGUGUGUGUAGCGUUCUUCGCGAACUUGGUUGAUCUGGUUGUUGUUCUCAAAGUCGCGCGCCGGAGAUCUUGACGGCGGUGGCGGGCCCAAGUGAUCUUGGUGCAGACUCAGGUCGAGAUUCUCGAUUCAUUCUUUCGCUGGACUCGCCGUGAAUCGGAUCGGUUUUCGCAAACACCGUGCAGGGACUCUAGAGAGGUUUUCCCCCUCCCUAUCAGUAGAACUUAUCGCCAUCGCUAGACGGGCAGAACCGUGCGAUUGGACACGGUGAACAGAGCGUGCAGGAGCUUGUUCCAUUGGUCACGCGUGACUGGACCGAAUCUAGUAGUGCACUCGAGUGGAAAGCAAUCUGCAGCUUUGCGAAUUUUGAAUUUGCUAGUUCCGUAGGGUAAUUAGUGCGGAGUGGAUUGAGGUGAAACAGUAGUGCUUAUUCUGUUUUUGGCGAUCGUAGUCGGUGUUUAAGCAGUGAAAUUUUGGCGGUGGAUUUUGCGGUGAUCGAAGUGCCAAUUUGGGAGACAGCAUCCGGAACCGGGGGCCGCAUCUUACGGCAUCGUUCCCAGCCGAGAAAGAUCGACAUUUCUCACGGAAGAAGACACCGUGAAGAUCUAUAGUCCACAAGCACCGUUCCAGGAAGUGUAAAUCCUAACACACCAGCACUCCAGACUGCCGCAGGAUGUCAUCCUGCGCCUGUCCGAUGACUCCACCGGUGGGGGCCACCUUGGCGGCCCUCUGCGGUGGAUCGCAGUACAUGCUGUUCAUGGGGCUGCUGGAGGUGUUUAUCCGGUCCCAGUGCGACCUGGAGGAUCCCUGUGGUAGGAUGAAGUCUAAAACUUCGAGGAACACGGACUACGAGUACGAUUUCAUUGUCAUCGGUGGCGGAUCGGGAGGGUCGGUGAUUGCAUCGCGUCUGUCGGAGAUUAAGAACUGGAAGGUGUUACUGGUGGAAGCAGGUCCGGACGAACCGACGGGGGCACAAAUUCCAUCCAUGUUCCUCAACUAUAUCGGCAGCGACAUCGAUUGGAAGUUCAACACGGAACCGGAGCAGUAUGCCUGUUUGGGAUCUCCGGAGCAGCGCUGCUACUGGCCCCGUGGUAAGGUCCUCGGAGGAACAUCGGUCAUGAAUGGUAUGAUGUACAUCCGCGGCAACCAGGUUGACUACGACGACUGGGAAUCCAUGGGUAACCCCGGCUGGAAGUGGAAGGAUGUUCUGCCAUACUUCAUGAAAUCAGAGGACAAUCAACAGAUGCCCGAGGUUGACAAUAAGUAUCACACUACCGGAGGAUUGCUGCCAGUUUCGAAGUUCCCGUAUAACCCUCCGUUCUCGUACGCGGUUCUAAAGGGAGGUGAAGAACUGGGAUACACCACGCACGAUUUGAAUGGCGCCAACUCUACAGGAUUCAUGAUAGCUCAAACUACCAGUAAGAACGGUAUCCGCUACAGUGCAUCCCGAGCUUUCCUUCGUCCAGCUGUGAACAGACCAAAUCUGCACAUCUUGCUCAAUACUACCGUCACCAAAGUUCUGGUUCAUCCAACGUCGAAAACCGCCCACGGUGUUGAAAUCAUCGACGAAGAUGGUCACAUGCGCAAGAUUCUCGUAAAGAAGGAAGUCAUCGUCAGCGGAGGAACCGUAAAUUCACCGCAGGUUCUACUGCUUAGUGGUAUCGGCCCUAAAGCCCAUCUUGAACAGGUUGGUGUUCGACCGAUUCAUAACCUUCCCGGCGUUGGACAUAAUCUGCACAACCACGUUGCUUACUUCAUCAAUUUCUUCAUCAACGAUUCCAACACGGCUCCGCUGAACUGGGCUACCGCAAUGGAAUAUUUGCUUUUCCGUGAUGGUCUAAUGUCCGGUACGGGAGUGAGCGCCGUUACGGCCAAAAUUAGUACAAAAUACUCCGAACGUCCUGAUGAUCCAGAUCUCCAGUUCUACUUCGGCGGCUUCCUUGCCGAUUGCGCCAAGACCGGUCAAGUGGGUGAGUUGCUGAGCAACGAUUCCCGUUCGAUUCAAAUCUUCCCGGCUGUUUUGCACCCAAAGAGUCGCGGAUAUAUUGAGCUGAAGUCAAACAACCCCCUGGAUCAUCCCAAGAUUGUUGUCAACUAUCUGAAGGAAGAACACGACGUCAAGGUUCUGGUAGAGGGUAUCAAGUUUGCCAUCCAGUUGUCCGAAACCGAUGCGCUUCAGGCGUACGGAAUGCAACUGGAUAGGACUCCAGUCAAGGCUUGCCAGGAGUUUGAAUUUGGAUCACAGGAAUACUGGGAAUGUGCCGUCCGACAGAACACCGGGGCCGAAAAUCACCAGGUCGGUGCUUGCAAGAUGGGACCACUGCGGGAUCCAAUGGCCGUCGUUGAUCAUGAGCUGCGCGUCCACGGAGUUCGAAAUCUACGAGUGAUCGAUGCUUCGGUGAUGCCAAAGGUUACGUCCGGCAAUACCAACGCUCCGAUUAUCAUGAUCGCCGAGAAGGGAGCCCAUCUGAUUCGUAGGGCGUGGGGAGCUCGCUAAAGCUAACGAUUGCGGGACUUGUGUACUUCUCUAGCAUUUAAGACGCGAAAUUGACAUUGUAUCGUGACUGUUAAGGCGAUUUCGCAACGUACCCAGAUGAUAUCGGUGAACUAAUCUUUCUCUAACUCUUGCUGAUCAGUAGAGAAAUAGAAUUCAGCGUCAACCAGAUGGAGAGCAUUAUUGCAUACAAGGAAUUAAUGUACGAUUCCUCCUACGACCAUGAUUUGUGACUAGUAAGAUAUAAACUAGAGAUUGAUUCGAUUUCUCCUCGGUCGAGAAAGAGAACUCAGUUGUUAUACAAUUUCCUGUAAGUUUUAUUAUCGAAGAAACGUUACAAAUUUCCUGCUAAUUGUUGCCACAUAAAAAUCAAACUUGCAUAAAAUGGAAAUUGCAAUGUGAGGUAUUAUUGUCAAUAUCAUCACACGGAAAUCCAACGUACGUUUAAUGAUACCGACUGCAAUCCAAUCAACGUCAUGCAUCAAAUUCAUUAGUCGAGUGUAUCGAUUCUUUAAGUAUAAUUUUCAUGUAAAUUAUAAUAAUUUUAUGAUAAUAAAUAUAAAACAAAACAAU